AUGAUACUGUUAAAAUUCAAUGCACCAACAAAAGUUUACUAUUCCAUUGACACUGUUUUAGAUGCAGAGGAGGCGAUACAUUAUCCAACUGAAUUUUUAAAUUCUUUAUCUCCUUCAGGGACCCCACCACACAAAUUAAUUCUAAAAGUAGGUUCUCCUAUAAUUUUACUUCGUAACUUAAGUCCACCAAAAUUAUGCAACGGUCCAAGAUUACAAAUAAAGUCUUUAAAAAACUGUCUGCUUGAGUGUAUAAUCCUUACUGGCUGUGGAGUUGGGGAAAUGGACUUGAUUCCUAGAAUACCAAUGAUACCAACCAAUUUGCAAUUCCAGUUUAAACGGCUCCAAUUUCCCGUGAAAUUAAGCUUUGCAAUGACUAUUAAUAAGGAACAAGGUCAAACAUUAAACGUUGCAGGUUUAGACUUAACCGUCCAAUGUUUUUCCCAUGGUCAAUUGUACGUAGCUCUGUCACGUGUCACAUGCAAACAAAAUCUAUUUGUGAUGGCCCAGAAGGCGAGACACUUAACGUGGUUAUCCAGAAAUAUUUAA